AUGUGCACCGUUUAUAUUUUUCGGAAACUGUUCUCAUGUAUUCUUAAACAGAAGAAGCCGUAUUCGGCCAUCACCGUCCAAAUAGAACGGUUGACCAGCGAGGCAUACGAGGAACAUGAUCUGGCGGGCAUCGUGGACUUGGUGGAAGUGAUUAGGAUCCAGGACACAGGUCCAACAGAGGCAGCGAGAGCCAUUCGGAAAAAACUGAAGUAUGGAAGUCCACACAAGCAGCUACGUGCUCUCACCAUAUUGGACGCGUUGAUCCAAAAUGCCGGUAAGGGGUUUCAGAGGACAUUUGCCGAUGAACCGCUUCUCGAGCGUCUCCGUAUUGUGUCACAAGAUGAUAUGGUUGAUGCUGAGGUCCGGCAGAAAUGCAACGUCCUGUUCCGCCAAUGGGCAGCUGGGUAUAAGAACAAACAGGGCCUACAGGGAAUUGCAUCAUUGUAUAAGCAGCUCCCGAAAACGAGGCGACCUCAGCCUCAACAAUCCAGAGUGGUUCGUGAGACGGAAGCAGACACGCACGAGCAACCGCCAUCACCGACAGCCACACGCUCAAGGGGGACGUCGUCAGCUACUGUCUACGCUGGUCAUUCUCGAGCGUCUUCUUCAACCGCUCCAAUAUCACUAGGAAAUACCACACCCCCAAGCUCGUCCAUCUUCCGAUCCUCCAAAGACAAAAAGAGCAAAGCGAAGCCCUUCAACCUCGAGAAAGAACGGCAUCAGAUCCUCGAAACCAUCGCCAGCGCCUCUGUCGCCAGUACCAACCUCGUCAACGCCCUCAAGCUCAUCAACCGCGAAUCCCAGCGUGUCAGCGAGAACCCCGAAGUCAUGAAACGCUUCGAUACCUGCAAGCGCCUCCGCCGCCAGAUCCUACGCUACAUCCAACUCGUCGAGUCUGAGCAGUACAUCGGCAGCCUACUCAGUGCGAACGACGAGCUCGUCAAGGCGCUGAUGGCGUUCGAGGUGCUCGACAAGAGCAUGGAGGAUGAUAGUGACAGCGACAAUGAGGCAUUGCAGGAAGCGCGUUCGGAGUUUAUCCAUGAACCCGCUCGUGGGGGGGGUGUCAAUGAGGGGUUCUCGCGGUUGAGCAUGCAGGAACAGCCGCCAGCGAGGCAAUCCAGGCCGUCGUCAAUGUCGAUGCCGCCGCCGAUUCCGAGUGCCGCGAGUAAGCAUCGGAUAUCACAGUAUCGACCGGAACCGGAGCCGGAAGAUGAGGUGGAUGACGAUGAUCCGUUUGGAGAUCAGAAUGCGGUGAAGACCCCGUAUGUCGAAAAGGGCGGGAUGACCUGGUAA